GGAUAGUGCAGUUUAUUCAAGCUCCAGGGCUCUCAACCCACUGUAAAACCGAGUCGCCGAGUCUGUGGAUCCCUGCACAUGCAUUCAGCACCUGGCAUUUAGCAGAUGCGACGGAACCUUGAACGAACACGUUCAACUUCAUAAUUAUUCUUAUUCAAAGUCCUACAUCCAACGCUAACAACCAACUGCCAACCUCGACCUGAUCUCGUCUCCUAUCGCUAAAACCCAUCUAUUUUACCGACCUUUGUGCCAGCUAAUAUCUACCUGAUGAUACGAUAAUUGUGGCAGCGACAUCUGCCAACCCCGGAAGAGAAAGAUGGCCAACGUGUCUAAGUCGCCCAAGGCCGCGCAACCAUCAGCACCGAAACCUACCGGCGACGGACAGGCAGACAACUCUAUCCAGGAUGGAACUAAUCAGUUCCAACAUGCUAUUUCGGCAUGGAGAAACAUCGAUUUAGGCUCGUUGAUGUCCGCUCUCGACAACACUGCCUCCGACAUCGUAGCCUUUCAACGAGAUUCAACCGUCCAACGAAAAGACCUCGCUCAGAAGACGAAAGAUUUCCGAAAACUUGACGAUACGGCUAAAUUAUCAGAAUAUAAAAGCCUUUUAAAAGCCUACCAGACGUUCAUCGAUCUUCUCACCAAUCAUUCCAAGUCUACCAAUUCCGCAUUCUUACAGGUCUAUUCCGCCCUUGAAAAUGCGCCAGACCCGUAUCCUUUGCUUGAAGCCUCUGUCGAUUCUAUGCUUGUAGCCGAGGAUACUCUUCCCAAGCUAACCGAAGAAAACCAGCACCUACAAAACAAUGUCGCCAAACUUACAUCCCAAUUGGAGGAAACAGAAUCUCGGCUACAAUCAGAAAGUGCUAACCGAAAGCAGCUGGAAAAUAAUCUCGAAGCCAAAGUCAAAGAAGUAGAGGCGUCGUGGACCGCAGUUGUAGACGAGAAGAGGGACAACUGGGAAGCGAAAGAAAAGGCACUAGAAGAGAAAAUCGAAAGCCAGGACAGGCUCAUCAACGAAAUCAAGGCCAGUUACGAGGUAAACCAACGUCUAAAGGGAUCUGAAAAUGCGGACGACGAGGGUAGACAUGGUCACGUUACGAGCGCAGAGUUGGAAAUGGUCAACUCUGACCUGGAACGAACUAGCGCGAGGCUUGCGGAAGUCGAAGCUCGAAAUGAACAACUACGCUUAGAGCUCGCCCAGUCCAAAUCUCAAGUUCCUGCGCAAGCGCCAGUCUUAGAAGACGAUCCUGGGUAUAUUCGUAUGAGAUCCGAGAACUCAUCUCUCAUCCGCAAACUUGAUUCCGCGAGAGUUGAGAAGGAGGCUUUCAAAAGGGGUAUCGAUACCAAAUUGCGAGGCUUAGAACGUGAAGUCGGUCUUUUGAAAGAGGACCGCGAUAAUUUGAAAACGAAAGUCCAAAAGUGGAACGACUACGACGAUAUCAAGCAAGAACUUGAAGUCUUGAAGAGUAUCGAAUUCGCGACUGGUGACGACGACGAUGUGCUAGCCGCUUCGGAGUCUAACGGUUCCGCCCAAAAGGGGAAGGGUGAUACCCUAGAACAAUUAUUAUUAGCCAGGAAUAAGAAGUUGAGCGACGAACUAACCAUCUUACGAGUAUCUCACCAAGAUCUCCAAAGUCGGUUGGAGAACCUACAAGAGGAUAUGUCGAGAACAAAUGCAGAUCUAGAGAGGUCCCAGAACCUCAAUGCGCAGUUAGAGAACGAUCUAGCUAGCCUUCAAUCCGAAGGACAGAACGCUUUCCCCUCGGGAGCAUCAGUGGCAGGUACCUACACAAGAUACGCGCCGUCUAUAGCACCAGGGAGGAGAGGCGGAAGAACAUCGCCGACUUCAUCUAUCAUAUCCGGUUUCGACCCCCGCGUGACAGGGGGCGAGCCAAUGGGUGGUGGCUCGGGUAUCUUGCCCAUGAUUACCGCUCAACGUGACCGCUUCAAGAAGCGGAAUUCUCAGCUCGAAGGGGAAUUGUCAGAAAGUCAUCGUACUGUUUCACAACUUCGACAAGAGAUUGCAGCCUUACAGAAGGACAACCUCCAACUAUACGAGAAGACGCGGUACGUAUCGACUUAUAAUCGUAAUGGGCCGUCAGCGUCGUCGUCAUCUGCGUAUGCAUCAAAUCCAAAUCCGUCGGUAGUCGCCAUGGGCGGUACGGGAAACCCAGGAAUUGCAUUAGACCGGUAUAAAAAGGCAUAUGAGUCCAACAUUUCGCCUUUUGCGGCCUUUAGGGGACGUGAGUCGGCAAGAGCUUACAAACGGAUGAGUCUUCCCGAGAGGAUAGUAUACUCAGUGACCCGGAUGGUGUUGGCUUCGAGAACGAGCAGGAAUCUUUUUGCAGCUUACUGCGUCGCAUUGCACAUCCUAGUAUUUUUCUCGCUCUACUGGCUCGGCACGUCGGACGUAGACCAACAUUCGAGCAAUCUCAGUCAGGGUAUAGCCGCUGCAGCAGCAGCGGGAGGGGUGGCCGGCGGCAAUACCGGUGGGAGAGGUCAGGCUGCCAAUCCUGGAAGUUGGCAAGAAGAAGGGUUUAACGGGCACUGAUGAUUACGUCCGCAAGGUUAUACAUUUACUGUACCAUUACCAGCCGGCUUUUGUUUAAUACGGCAUGUGCCAUGCAACUAAUACUAACCCAUUGAGUUGAAUAUAUUGCUCGUAUCCGUUAG